GUCCUCGCCUCGGAGGCUUUCCUCGCCGGCUGCUGGCGCCUCUUUGCGUUCUCCCUUCCGGCUUGCAACCUCCUCAUCGUCGAUUUUAUCCGGUCCGCUAACGAGCUCCUGUCCGAUGCUUCCAGUAACAACCCGCAACUGCGAUUUGCAGCCAUGUCCCUCUUGGCCAGCCUCCUCCCAGUUCAGUCGCAUUUUGCCUCCCUGACGGUGCUUGAUUCCUCCUCCUCUACUGAUCUGAAGACAUGCGAGGCACCCAACUUGACC